CGAGCCCACCAUUCCCCACAAGCGUGCUCUAGGGCGAGAUGAGCAGCAGCCGCCGCCGCCACGCCCGCUCGCCGCCGGCCGCGCCGCUGGACGACGACGACCUCCUCUCCGAGAUCCUGCUCCGCCUCCCCCCGCAGCCCUCAUCGCUCCCGCGCGCAUCCCUCGUCUGCAAGCGGUGGCGCGGCCUUGUCUCCGACCCCGGCUUCUUCCGCCGCUUCCGCCUCCGCCACCGCCGCAACCCUCCUCUCCUCGGUUUCUUCGACAGAUACGGAGCUCCGUUCCGGCCUGCCCUGAAGGCCCCCAAUCGUGUUCCUCCCGAGCGCUUCUCCUUGCAGCACGACGAGGAUGAAAUGCACUCCUUUUCCCAUGGAUGCCGCCAUGGCCUCGUGCUCAUCUCCCUUCUGAAGCGUCACCAGGUCCUGGUCUGGGACCCCGUCACCGGCGACCAGCACCGCAUUCCCUUUCCCCCGCCGUUUGAUACAGCGACGGCCCUGGUCAACGCGGCGGUGCUUCGCGAUGCGGGAGACGUCCAGCACUUCCAGGUGGUCUUGGCAGUGGCAGGCACCGAUGCCGAAUAUCAUACGCGAGCGCUCGCCUGUAUGUACUCGUCAAAGACCGGCUUAUGGGGGAAUCUCGUCUCAACACCCAUUCCAUACCAGGCUAAUGGGUACCGUAUUCCCACAUUGGUUUAUACCGAUGAUGCUGUUCUGGACGGAGAUUCCCUUUACUGGAAGCUUGUGGGGAAUUUGAUUGGAAUUCUUGAGUUUGAUCUGAAGAAGCAGACCCUAGCUGUGAUACAGGUGCCAGUGGACAUCCUCGAAGGUAACAGCUUGCAGGUUAUGCGGGCUGAGGGUGGUGGGCUUGGUCUCCUCUUCGUGUCAAACUCUGACUACACCGCUCGGUUAUGGAAGAGGAAGACCAAUCGUCAUGGUGUUGCUUCAUGGGAGCUUGCAAGAAGUAUUGACCUGGGCAAGCUACUUUCCCUGGAACCAGAGGAGAAACGCCCCCUAAUGAUACUAGGGUAUGCUGAACAGAAUAAUGCGGUGUUUCUGUGGACAGUUAUCGGCGUCUUAAUGAUCCAGCUUGAGUCACUGAAGUUCAAGAAGCUUUUUAAAACAAUGACCUUUUCUCACUAUCAUCCAUUCGAAAGUGUCUACAGUGCAGGAGCAUGUAUUGCUGGUGGACACGACAGGGCUGAGCUUAUGCUCAAUGUGUAAGAUGAUUGUCGAUCUACUAAUUGAGCAGGUAUCUAUCUAGAGCUACAUUCUGCUGUCUGAGAUGCAGAAAUGGGGUGUUUGGUGUAGAUUCUUCCAUUUUGUAUGCUCGAAGUGGCGAUUGGCUCCCUAUGCAGCAUGCACUGAUUAGCUGUGAAGUGCACUUGUAGGAAUUGGUCCACCUAUCUAUUAUCUAAUUUCUGUAGACAUUUGUCAGCUGGCUUGAAGGUUGACGGCACAACGACUUGCUUCGGUUAAUGAGUACUCACAGUGUGGUUUCUUUAAUCUGCUGUAUGCUUUCCAAGCAAGCACAUUUUGGCGGGUUCACCCGUCAUAUUA